GUGGUGAUGGCAGCAAACAAACUCUGACCCUAUUUUCAGGCUCAUAGCGUUGUGGUGCUCACGAACCUUCCCCUCAAGACUGUUUUGGGAUCUAUGAUGUAUCUGGGCGCCUGGUGAAAUGGGCCAUACAACUCAGUGAGUUUGACAUAAGCUAUGCGCCCCAUCCUACCAUCAAGGCGCAGGUAUUGGCUGAUUUCAUGGCAGAAGGUGUAGUGGACGGGGGAACUGGAGUUGAAGAAUGUUGGCAAGUGCAUGUGGACGGAGCAGCAAGCCGAGCAGGUGCGGGGGCAGGAGUGGUCCUUGGCAGCAAUGAAGAGUCAGGUUGCACGGUACUACAACAAAAAAAUGCGUGCACACAACGUUGCGGUGGGAAGCCUUGUGUUAAAACGGGAUUUCCGCCCCAAGGCCACAAAAGGGAAGUUGGCCCCAAAGUGGAAAGGACCAUAUCGCAUUCAGGAAGUCAUUGGCCCAAAUACGUUCAAGCUAGAACACCUGUCGGGCAAGAAGGUGAAGAUGACAUGGAAUGCCCAAAACUUGCGACGGUACGAAGUAGGGGAGGCGGGUAGGUCAGAUUAUGGUGGGGAGGUCGAAACUGGCACCUCAUCAGGCGCCUGCUUGUGAGUAGAAGCAAAUGGCAAGUUGUUUCUGUGAAGGGCUUAUUUUGGUUAGUAGGUUUUUUGUUGAGUUUUCAAAAGCGCCCUUCUGCGCCGUAGACUUAAAGCGCCCUUUAUGCGCCCGUAAUUUUGUAAAGCGCCCCACUUGCGCCCGCUCCAUGUAAAACGCCCUAAUUUUGUGCCCAUAUUUUUCAGAAUCGGAUUAAUUAUUAUCUACGAAAUUUGGUAUUGAGAAAGUGAGAACCUAGAGCCCACCCCAUUGCGCCCAGUAUAGUGCCCACCCCUUGCACCCUUGCAUUUGAGGGGCACCAUAGGCAAGAGAGGCGCCUUCCGCCCCAAGGCCGCAGAAGGGAAGUUGGCCCCAAAGUGGAAAGGACCAUAUCGCAUUCAGGAAGUCAUUGGCCCAAAUAUGUUCAAGCUAGAAUACCUGUCGGGCAAGAAGGUGAGGAGGACAUGGAAUGCCCAAAACUUGCGACGGUACGAAGUAGGGGAGGCGGGUAGGUCAGAUUAUGGUGGGGAGGUCGAAACUGGCACCUCAUCAGGCGCCUGCUUGUGAAUAGAAGCAAAUGGCAAGU